AUGUCCUCAAAUGCCCCUCACGCAGCGCAGGAUCCGGUACAACAGACGCCACGAGAUAUCGUCACACCCGACGACUUGUCGACUUGGGAACUUGCUUGGACUAAAGGUGUGACCCCAUGGGACGCAGGAGACGUCCAGCCAUCGUUGAGGGAAGCUUUGGGGUCCAGCGCGUUGAAGAUUCCUAGCACGGGCAGGGCGUUGGUUCCCGGAUGUGGCUCGGGAUAUGACCUCCCGUACAUCGCCUCUGUUACAGGUCUGGAUACGCUUGGCUUGGAGGUCUCAGAAACCGCUGUAAAGCGAGCCAGCGAGGAGAUAGAGAAAUUCAAAGGGAAAACUCAGAAACCUAGUUCGCUGAAGGCGUCCAUCGAGCUUCAUGAUUUCUUUCAAUUUACUCCUCCGCAAGGAGAGGAGUUCGAGCUCGUCUAUGAUCAUACUUUCUUCUGUGCAAUCCCUGCAUUCAUGAGGAACGACUGGGGAAAGAAGAUGGCAGAAUUCGUCAAGCCAGACGGAUACCUCAUCACUAUAUGCUAUCCGAUGCUCCCCUACACAGAAACUGGGCCCCCCUAUUACCUUCGACCUGAACAUUAUGACACGCCGUUGGGAUCCAAUUUUGUGAAGAUUUUGGACAAGGUGCCGGAGAAGUCUUCAGAGAGCCAUGAAGGGAAGGAGCGCCUCAUUAUUUGGAGACGGGUGUGA